AAGUAUAAAUGUUAUAAGCGUUUUUUAAUUUCUUCGGCUUUGAUACAUACAAACAUACAAUAUAUAUGCAUGUAUAUAUACUAUACCUUUGACUGUUGAAUGAUAAAAACAAUUGGCUUCGUUGGCUUUUUAACUAAUUUUUUUCAAACGAUUUGUGAACAAUUUUAUAUUUAUUCUACUUAAAUAUCCCCCGAAAAACACAGAAAUUACUUAUGAUGAAAAUUAUACCUAAACGGAUGGAAUCGGUCAGCACUGUGCUACCUUACAUAUAUAUGUAUAUUGCACAAACAUACAUAUAUACAUACAUACAUGCAUAGGCGUGCGCUAGCCCAGUGGGCUGGCUCACCUACUUGGGCCUUCAGGAAGAAAUCACUCGGCCUUAAGAAUGAGUUUCGGAUGGUCUCUUCGUCACUGUGACUUCUCGACUGCGCGGGUUGCGUUUGUUCUUUGUGACUAAGUAGCUGGAAUCGGCGUCACCGUCGGCAUCGAGUGGUUUUUAUUUCGGCUUGGUUGUUAGCAGCAGCGCCGGGAACUUUGCCGCAGUCGUAGCCAAACUUCACGGGAACUACGAGCGCCGCUGUUGGAUGCGGAAUCGGAGUGGAUCGCCACGAAAGCAAUCAAAACAAAAGACCCCUGAGCCAGUGGCAGUACGAGUUCGGCUAUCGGCGUUAUCAACAGCAAUAUCGGUAACACCAUCCACAACGGUUAAAAAGAGCAGGUCGCAGCCGAACUCAAUCGAUUUGCCAAGGCACCUUCUCCACCUCCGCCGGGAGGCCAUGAGCAACGCGAUGACAGCCGCCCACGAGCCGACGAUCCACUACCUGGACAGUGUUCUUAGUGAAGAGGAAAAGCGGUGCGACUAUGGCCACCAAUGGCGCAACAUCUCCAUUUCCAGAUCUGGACGCUUCCGGUCGAAGAACAAAAAGCGGGACGCGGUCGACGGCAAGCUCUUCGACGCAGGAUCGGGAUCGCCGAAGGAGAACGAAAAGGUGUGGUCCUUGCUUUUUGUGCGCACUUUCAUUAUCGCACCGGUACACUGUAGAAUCCGUGUUCUGAAGGGUCGCGAUUUCUGUGAGCGAUGUUUGUACGCAUGUAUCGUUUCGCAGUUCGACCAGCGGGUAUUCCAAGACUGCUGCCACUGUAACGACAGGAUCGAUGACGACAACAGGAACACAGGGGCAAAGCCAACGUGCCCAAGUGGAGAGCUAUAAAAGUUUUUACGAAACGAAUUUAUAGGUAAAGUCGCCUUAAUAGGCCGAUGGCUGUACUUACUGUGCAUUUUCUUUAUAAUGUAAAUAUUUAUAAUGCAUAUGUAUAUAAUUUAGCGAGGCGCUUUAUUCUAUUAGAUAAGAAAGAUAAAGGAACGGAGUAAGACAGAUGACUUAUUGCAGUACGAGUUGUCUAUGCAGCGCAGACAAGUAUACCUUGCGUGGCUUGAUCUACUAAGGCAUAUUUCGCACAUGAGCACUUUCUCUCUCCAUGCUUAGACCAAUUGUUCCUAACCAAAAUUAUUGUACACUGCAAUCUAGCUUGCUUAGAUUGUUGAAGUAUUAAAACGUGAUAAUUGCACUAAUUAAUAUGCAUAUUUUUAAGUUUAUAACUAUGUAAAUUGUACGUCUUAUUGUAAAAAUUAUUAUUUUUUAAUCAGACCAAUAAAGAACCAGGUUUGAUUUAAGAGUCGUUUAAUUGUAAAA